AUGGAAGGUACUUUACUCAAGCUCCCUGCUAGAGUUGGGACAGGAGAAACUGUGGAUGUGAAGAUUUUUGCGAAAGUCCAAUCGGUGAAGAAGACUUUGACACUUACAUUGAAGCAGAAUGAUCGAGUCUCUAGCAUAAAGAAACAGAUAAAGGGGAAAGAAGGAAUAGCUGUCAAGGAGCAGACAGUUGUCUUUUCGGGCCAAAGAUUAGAUGAUUCCAGGACGUUGGCGGAUUACAACAUUUGCAAUGACAGUCUCGUGUACGUG